GCGGGAGGGAGGGAGGGGAGCGCAGGCGACGGGGAAGGAUGUCGAUGCGCCGUCGGUGGUCGGUUUCGGGGGUUGAUUCGCGCCGCGGGGGCGAUGAGCGCGCUUCCCUCCGCCCUGAGACUGACCUCCUGCUGCUGCUGCUGCUGCUGGCUCCUGCUGAUUUGCCUCGUCGUCUUCCUGAUACCUGCGCCCUGCACCAGCCAGCAGACAAUAAACCGGACUCGAAAACAGUCGGCAGGUGAUGAUAAUGCGGCGGCGCACGAGUCCAGCUACCUCGACGACGACCCCGAGGUAUACGAGGACGAGCAGAUAUCCACCGGCAAUGGCGACCUCGAGGACUGGUUCGAUAGAAAUAUUACCGCGGAAAAAGGACGGUACUUGGGCUCGCCUUGCGACCGCGACGUCGUGUGCAAUGCCGAGCUACAGCACGUGUUCUGCGAUUCAAUCACUGGCCUCUGCGAGUGCGAAAAGUUGUACCCCGUUCGUCUCGGGCCUACCAAGGGAUGUGCCAAACCCAAAAAACUCGGAGAACAGUGCUUCUAUCGUGCGACGUGCACUUUUGCGGAUCAACAUUCGACGUGCACGCAGGUUCAACACAAUGCGGUAUGCGAUUGCGAGGAGGGAUAUCACAGGGUUGCUCUGUCCAGGCCUAACAAGAAGGUUUUCUGCGCGGAGGAUCUGGUGCUGAUAACUACGGACCUUCCGACCCUACUCUGCAUAGCAUCGGGGAUAGCCAUCUUUACGGGGAUGAUAUGCUUCGUGCUCAAACUAUUCAGCCGGGCGAGGUAUUCAAGGCCGCGGCAUUACGCCAAUGCCAAUCAUGCGCCACCCAUGCUGUUUUCCAGUGAUACUGGCAUCCCGUUGACGCUGCACGGACGGCCGUCGUCGCGAUCGAGCCAGCGGAGCAACAGUGCCGGGCCUCUCAACUGCGCGUUCACCAGGAGGCCCAGCAGCGGCGGUAGCCGCGGACCCCUGGUACCGGCGUCCAGAGCAGGUGCGGCACGGGCCGCCGCUAUCUUGCUUAUAUCGUGUCACCUGCAGGCGACCAAGGACGGCAACAACAAGCACCGACGUACCCUUAGUGACGUGGCCGAGGGAUCGACCGACGGCCUCGGUUCCCGCCGUCCUAGCUUAGCGUCGGUUCACAGUUCGACGUCCUCGUCCCGUAGCUACAGCGCGCGUCGACUCGAGAAGGAGAGGAACGACAAGGAGCAACGCCAAGUGAUUCAGGAGCUCCGGCUGGCGAAGCAGCAGCAACUGCAGCAGCAACAGCAACAGGUGGUUGCCCCGACGCCCAGCCCCAGGACUCCCCAUUCCACAGACGAGUUGCUGCCUGCGGUCGAAGAGGGGAAGGAAGUCUUUUACAACGAGCAGGUACCGACGACAUCAGACGUAUCAAAUACCAUCCCAAUAACGACGACCACAACGGUGAUAACGACGACGACGUUAACAACGGCGAUAACCACUUCCAACGCAAACACGACCCGACCGAUGGGCGAGACCGCGCCUAUGGCAACGCCAAAGGCCAUUUUCGGCACAAAAGUUGCACCACGGGCUUCCGAUGACAUUUUUCAAGUGUAGUCUUCAUCGUGUAAUGACGUAACAUGACAAAGUCGAUGGACUCUCAAUUUAUUAACGACCUUUUUAUUGUAUCGGCAAGAACCAAUUGUAACAGUAUCCAAACGGAAGCGCGUAUGUAAAAAAAAAAAAAA